GGCCCCGGCCGGGUGCAGCGGGCUCCGGCUGACUGAGCAUGGGGGAGCAGCUGCCGCCGCUGCUCUCCGGCUGCCCUUGCACCGCGCCCGCCGGCCGCUUUGCCCCGGGGCUCUGCCCUGUCUCAGCCUGAAGGGCGCCCGCACCGUGUGGACCCGGGCGGGGAGGGGGCGAUGAUCCCGGCGUGCUAGCGGCUCGGAAGCAGUCGGGCUCCGCUGCGUGCAUCUUGCGGCGGGCGGCGGUGGCGGCUCCUGCGGCCGGUGCUUCUCCUGCUCCCCCCGCCCUCGCUUUGCAGCUCAGCCCGGCCCCGGGGAGCAGAGCCUGAUCUCUGCCAACCUGCCGCCGCGGGCGGGUCGCUGCCCUGCUGCUGGGCUCCAACUUUUAUUUCUUGUUCGAGGGGGUGGGGGCGCCUCCUGCCCAGCCACCCACACCCCGUGCUUUGCCGCUGCCGCCGUGUUUUGCAUGGAUGCACCAUGGCCACGCUGGUUUGCAGGGUGCAGUUCUUAGAUGACACCGACCCCUUCAAUAGCACCAACUUCCCCGAGCCCACCCGGCCCCCUCUCUACACCUUCAGGGAGGACAUCGCGCUCGUCACCCAGCUGGCCGGGGUGCACCGCCUGCUCAGAGCCCCGCACAAGCUUGAUGACUGUACACUGCAACUGUCCCAUAAUGGUACCUAUCUGGAUUUAGAAUCCACCUUAGCGGAGCAAAGGGAUGAAUUGGAAGGUUUCCAGGAAGAUGCUGGGAGGGGCAAGAAGCACAGUAUAAUUCUGAGGACGCAGCUCUCAGUGAGAGUCCACGUCUGCAUUGAAAAACUCUACAACUCCAGUGGACGGGAGCUGAGACGGGCCCUUUUCUCUUUGAAACAAAUAUUUCAGGAUGACAAGGAUUUGGUUCAUGAGUUUGUUGUGGCUGAAGGCCUGACUUGCUUGAUAAAAGUGGGAGCUGAGGCAGACCAGAACUAUCAGAACUACAUCUUAAGAGCUUUGGGCCAGAUUAUGCUGUAUGUAGAUGGGAUGAAUGGAGUAAUAAAUCAUAAUGAAACCAUCCAAUGGCUGUACACUCUCAUUGGGUCAAAGUUCCGUCUGGUGGUAAAAACAGCACUGAAACUGCAGCUGGUGUUUGUGGAGUAUACAGAAUCCAAUGCACCACUUUUAAUCCAAGCAGUAUCCACAGUAGAUGAGAAGAGAGGAGCCAAGCCAUGGUCCAACAUUAUGGAGAUCCUGGAGGAAAAAGACGGGGUUGACACCGAACUCCUGGUUUAUGCAAUGACCUUAGUUAACAAGACGCUGUCGGGGUUGCCAGAUCAGGACUCUUUCUAUGACGUGGUGGACUGUCUGGAAGAGCUAGGCAUCGAAGCUAUUUCACAGAGACACUUGAACAAGAAAGGAACAGACUUGGACUUAGUUGAACAAUUUAACAUUUAUGAGAUGACACUGAGACAUGAGGAUGGAGAUGAGACUGCUGAUCCCCCACCCAAUGGGCGCAAAGACAGAAGAAGGGCCAGUCUUGGCUCCAGCGAACGAAGGGGGUUAGAGCGCAGGAGAAGCCGCAGACAUUCAGCCCAGAGCAUCAAAAGCACUUUAUCAGCACCUGCAAGUCCCUGCAGUCAGUCGAGCCCAAGCUUCAUGUUAGGCCAUGGGCAGCGUAUUGAAGAUCUUAGUGAGAAAGAGGAGAAGGAGUAUGAAGAAGAGGAAGAGGAGAAACCAGUCACAGAGCCUAAUACUGAGGAUGAGGGGGAGGAAGAGGCCACUAGGCAGGUCAAACCCAGUGAGGUCCCAGACGUAAACCAGGUUGCAAAUGAAAAGCUGCAGAAUGAGAAUCAGAGUUCUGAUUCUUCAGCCGUCUCAAGUGCAGUUUCUCAAGCCGAGAGGCCUCCCUCAUGCUCUAAAGCCAAGAGUCCGUCCAGCAGCUCAUCUUCUGUGCCUGAUUCAUCUGUCUCACUCCAUUAUUCUGUUUGUUCAUCACCAUCCUCUCCUGCAUCAGUCUCAUUUAACUCCUCCCAAAAUUCAUCAGCAUCUAUUACUCCAAAGGCAUCUCCAACUGUAGAGAAAUUGCCUUAUGUACCACAUAGCCCUUUUCACCUUUUCUCCUAUGACUUUGAAGAGUCUCCAGCAACUGUUACAGAAAAGGAAGCAGAGGUUAUCAGGGAAAACAGAAACAGUAGCUAUGGCAACAACUCUUAUUCCUCUACAAGACCUUAUUCUGGACUCAGUGCACCUACCACACCCAUUUCUCGUUAUGGGACAACUCUGUCACCACCUCAGGAGACCAAAUCUGAAAGGCCAGCAUUGGGUGGUCUCCUUACAUCAUCCUAUCGGCAGCACCAAGAAUCCUUGGCAGCGGAAAGAGAGAGGCGACGUCAGGAGAGAGAAGAGAGGUUGCAAAGGAUAGAGCGGGAAGAGAGAAACAAAUUCAAAUACAAAUACUUGGAGAAGUUGGCAGCUGAGGAGUAUGAGAAGGAGCUGAAGAGUCGGAGUAUAUGCCGAGGCAGAAGCGAGCUGUCCUUGAACUUGAGCUCUCCUUCAGCCCCAUCCUCUCCCAUUCCCAAGUGCAUCAGCCCAGCAUCCGUAGAGUCGCAGGAGGAGCUGAAGACCCCUUCAACACCCCGUGGGACCCCUCAGCCCCCUGAAGUGAGUGCCAGUGAACCUGAACCAGAACCUGAGCCAGAACCAGAACAGGAAACUGAGGCAGAGGCCGAGCAGGGAACGGAGACACCACAGGAAGUAGAGGCUACGGAGGUGGGACCAGAGAGUGAGGUGGAGCAAGGUCCUGAGCGAGAGCCAGAAGAAAGUGCAAUACUCAGUGAAAAAGAGAGGCAGAAUGAGGAAGUGAACGAAAAAGACAACUGUUCUGCAUCCAGCAUAUCCUCAGCAAGCAGCACUUUAGAGAGGGAAGAAAGAGAGGACAAGUUAACCAGUGACAAUGAAACUGGUACGUGGUCACAAACUAUUCAAGAUGCUGGUGUGAAUGAGCAGUGCAGCAACAUUCUCAACAACAAACGGUUCAUGCUGGAUAUGUUGUAUGCCCAUAACAAGAAGCCCAAGGAUGAAGAGGAGAAAGAGCUGGAGGAGAAGGAGGAGGAAAAGAAGGAGACGGAGGAAAGUGAUGAGUCAAUCACCAGCCUAGCCAGUAGGAUCUCUAUCCUGCAGGCCAACAAGCAGGCCAAAGAUGAAAGUGUCAAAAAGAUGGAGAUUGGAAAUCUGGACAACCAAGGCAGCGUGAAAGCCUUUGCAGAAAAAUUCAACACUGUUGAGCUGGCCAACGGGACAGUAUUGCCUGAGGGUGAGUUCGAUGAAAAGGUCCCCGAGAAAACACCGGCACAGCCCAAGAAGGAAUCUGAUUACAUUUGGGAUCAGCUCAUGGCUAAUCCUAGAGAACUUAAAAUCAAAGACAUGGAUUUUACAGACUUGGGGGAUGAGGAUGAUGUAGAUGUGUUGGACAUUGAUAUGGGUCCUGGGGACUCCCUAAUUCCCCCUCCCCCACCUCCACCUUCCUUUUUGGGUUUGCCUCCUCCACCACCUCUCCCUCUGUUUGGAUGUCCACCUCCUCCCUCUGGUAAUUUAUUGGCUCCUCCUCCACUGUUCAGCACUCCUCAGGGUUCAGGGUCACCCCAGGUUUCUAGGGGUCAGCCAGCAUUCAUGAAGAAGAAGAAAACCAUCCGUCUGUUUUGGAAUGAGGUACGGCCAUUUGAGUGGCAGUGUAAAAAUAACAAACGCUGUAAAGAAUUCCUGUGGUCGAAACUGGAACCCAUUAAGGUGGACACUUCCAAACUGGAGCACCUCUUUGAGUCUAAAUCCAAGGAACUGCCGGUCACAAAGAAAACUGCUGCAGAUGGAAAGAGACAAGAGAUCAUUGUGCUGGACUCAAAACGAAGCAAUGCUAUUAAUAUUGGAUUGACAGUGUUACCCCCGCCAAGGACCAUCAAGACUGCUAUUUUGAACUUUGAUGAAUAUGCCUUAAACAAGGAGGGAAUAGAGAAAAUUUUAACUAUGAUUCCUACGGAAGAAGAAAAACAGAAGAUCCAGGAGGCCCAGAUGGCAAACCCUGACAUCCCAUUGGGCAGUGCAGAGCAAUUCCUUCUCACUCUCUCCUCAAUUAGUGAGCUUUCUGCUAGACUCCAGCUUUGGGCUUUCAAAAUGGAUUAUGAGAUAGUGGAAAAGGAAGUUGCAGAACCACUGUUAGACCUGAAGGAAGGAAUGGACCAGCUGGAGCAUAAUAAAACCUUGGGAUUUAUCCUUUCUACUUUACUAGCCAUUGGGAACUUUCUAAAUGGAACCAAUGCCAAAGCUUUUGAGUUAAGCUACCUCGAGAAGGUUCCGGAAGUCAAGGACACAGUGCAUAAGCAGUCUCUCCUGCACCAUGUCUGCACUAUGGUGGUGGAAAAAUUCCCAGACAGCACAGAUCUUUAUUCAGAAAUUGGGGCCAUCACUAGGUCAGCCAAGGUUGACUUUGAACAACUUCAGGACAACUUAUGUCAGAUGGAGAAAAGGUGCAAAGCAUCAUGGGAUCACCUUAAGGCUAUAGCAAAGCAUGAAAUGAAGCCAACGCUGAAGCAAAAAAUGUCUGAGUUCCUUAAAGACUGUGCAGAAAGAAUCAUAAUUCUGAAGAUUGUUCACAGAAGAAUAAUUAACAGGUUCCAUGCAUUUUUGUUAUUUAUGGGUCAUCCUCCUUACGCAAUCCGUGAAGUCAACAUCAAUAAGUUCUGCAAAAUUAUUAGUGAAUUUGCUUUAGAGUAUCGCACCACCAGGGAACGAGUUUUGCAGCAGAAGCAGAAACGCGCCAACCACAGGGAAAGAAACAAGACCAGGGGGAAAAUGAUCACAGAUUCUGGAAAGUUCUCCAGCAACUCCACCCCAUCUCAGAGCCAGCCACAGGGUCUGCAGUAUGCUGAAGAUGCAGCAGAGCAUGAGAACAUGAAGGCUGUGCUGAAGACCUCCUCUGUCAGUGGGGAAAGCACCACUGCGCUAGGUGUUCGCACUCGAAGCAGAGCCAGCAGAGGCCGUAUCAGUUCAUGGAAUGCUGCUGGUGAUGAUUCACCUAAUGCUACAGAUGAUGCAGCUGAUGAGAUCAUGGAUCGUAUUGUAAAGUCAGCCACCCAAGUGCCAAGUCAGAGAGCGGUGCCUAGAGAGAGGAAGCGGUCACGAGCAAACAGGAAGUCAUUAAGAAGAACACUAAAGAGUGGACUGACACCAGAAGAAGCCAAAGCACUGGGCCUCAUCAGCACCUCUGAGAUGCAGGUGUGAAAUCCGCAAAGGUGGCUACAAGCAAAACCAUCAUGGGUGAUACAUGGGCUGACAACCAUUCAGUGUGGCAUUGUUCUACCAGCCUCAUCUGCUGCUCCUGACAUCCCGUCCUCUGUUAGUUUAAUUUUGAUAAGAUAUAUAACAGAAAAAACAAAAAGGGCUAAAGAAGGGUGUGUCACAGCUCAGCACUAAAACCUGACAGAUACAAAAAGGAGUGUUUGAGUAUUUCUAGAUGAAAGCUUAUAGCUUGUUCUCUCAUGAUGCAUUGAUGUUGGUAUUAGGGGACUCUCCUGAGUAUUCUUUUAUUGUGUGAGCUAUGUUUACGUUGGCUUUUCUUGUGGCCUGUUUUAGUCAUUGUAAAGCAUGGCAUUUUGUCAGUGCAAGGAACAGUCCUUAAAGAGGCAAAAUCACGUCUGUUACAGUUACUGUGAUCUUCCUAAGAUUGUUUUAUUGGACAGACAUACACAAAUCUGUACAACCCUAUUUUUAUCUCACCACCAAAGAAUGUAAAAAUGUAUGUGUACUUAUGUAUAUGUACAGUAUGGAUGUGUGUGUAUGUACAACAUACACACAUAGUCCUGGGGUGAAAUCCUGAAGUCAAAGGGGCAAAGAUUUCACUCCUGGGGCCUUAAAAUUCCACCUGACCUUCAGGAAAGGAGUGUCUUUUUACAGGAACUCAAUGUUACUCAAUGGAAUUCACCCUGCAGGGCAGGACAUACCCUGCAGUGCAGGUGGAAUGUUUAGGAUUCUGAACUGCAUGUGUGUGUAUGCAUGUACACUGUACCUAAUAGUGUACACACACAGAUAGCACAGAAUACCUCUUACUGUUGAACUCUAGGUAUACUGAGUCUUUGUACAAUUUCAGAAAUUUAUGCCAACAAUUUACAUGCUAGAUAAAGAGGUUCUGCUGCCAAGAUCAAGAAGUUUCGUUCACCUGCCUGAGCCCUUCAUGCUGCUUUUCUCUGUUGUGAUGUAGCUUAGUGGUGAUUUAGCUUCAAACCGAUUGAUCUGAACAUGAAAUGGCCCUGCUAAAAAGCCUCUACAUUUUGUCUUUUUCAUCAAUAAAAUAAAUAGCGAGGAUACCACAGUGAACAUUCCUCUUCCCACACAAGGAAUUUGCUGUUUCCUCGUUCGUCCUUAUCUCACUGUUCGUAAUUGACUUCUAUAAACAUCUUCAGUAUAUGUCUGAGGUUAAGUGCAUGUUCUAUUCUGGUCUAUCCCCACAUAAACGAUCACACUCCAUUGUCCAAACCAGACAGAAUUUUAGAAUAUACUUUAAUCAGCUCGACUUGCCUUUAAGUGAAGUACAUCCACCUCAGUGAAUUUGAACUGAACCUGCUUAUGCCCGGCUUUCGCCACUGCCAAAGCAUUUUCAUGGGAACUGCAGUUUAGUAACAACAACAAAAGGGAACAUUUUGCACCAAAGCGUAUCUAGAUGGAAUGGUACUGAAGAAUGCGGGAUUAGCGCUUUCUGUGACCCUGGGCUGGGAUUAAAGGUGUAUUGACUCCUGCAUUCUGUUCCACUUUGAGGACAGGAAGUGCUAAGGAUAAGGCACCAAACAGGCAAAAUUUCAACUAUAUAUGAGACUAUGUUGAACACAGCAUCCAAGUAAUCUGAGAGCCAAUCAACAAGCAAUACUGAUAUAAAUGACCUAGUAGAAUCAAACUAAAUGGAAUAUGUUGUGAAAACUCCCAUCCGUGCAAUUCUCUCCCUCAGCUGUUGAAUUUCAGUCCUUAUUGACAGUUGCUGGGGGCCUUGACCCAUCCAGUUCAUGGGUAAAUAUAUGUCCCUGCUAUGAGUCCUGGUUGUUACAGUAUGGCGUUGGGUUUACAGACAUUGGUGAACAUGUUUUCCUGCUAUUUGGCAGUUAGUUUAGUUUAACAAGUAGAUUUUGCAAGCAGACAGAAGCCAUUCAUUGGUUAGCUAAUAAAUCAUAGAGUAAAGAAUUAGUUGAAAGCUGUAAAGAGGAAAGGACUGGUCAGAAAACUGAAGGAAAUAGAAUUUAUUUAAUCACAUUCUUUCAUUUUAAAAGAAAUGAUGUGUUGCCAUCAGGGUUUUGGAAAGGAUCUCUACACGAUACAACACUUGGCCUUUCAGUAUGUUUUCUUAUCUUUCUGCUCAAGGUUGCAUAAAACACAUAGAUGGAUGUACUGGGGGUUUGUGGAGGUCAGUGAGGUCUGAGUGAGCAGUUUGGAUUGCAAUUCAUGUCCUAGUUAAAAGCAGAUCUGAAUCUGAGUCCUGCUCUGGCCAGAUACUGAAGGCCUCCUUCAAGGUGCUCAACUCCCAUUCCUGGUACUUGACACUUGGCAGGAUUGAACUUUAAAUUCCCUGCGUACUGUGCUGUAUAUGCAGCCUGAACAAUGGGAAUCUCCACUUUUAGUUAAUGUGGGAAGAAUGCAACAACUGCUAAAAGUGUAGAUGGUGUUUUGCCAGCGUAGUAAUACAAAGCAAUUCUUGUGUCCUGGGACUGCAUUUUAGUGGCAUUUCCCGAGUGUCAUUAAAGUUAAAUGUCUCUCAGUCAGCUUGCAUGUCCAAAAUCCUUUGGAUCCCCCUCAUUUAACAAGGAUUUAGAAAUUAACAACAAAAAUGUGAGUCAGGAUUAAUAUUUGCUUAGGAUGGGUGGUUGUUGCUUUUACAACUCAAGAAAGAGAUCUACCACUCAAGAAAGGGAUCUUGGAGUCAUGGUGGAUAGUUCUCUGAAAACAUUCACUCAGUGUGCAGCGGCAGUCAAAAAAUCGAACAGAAUGUUGGGAAUCAUUA